AUGAAGGCCUACCGGCUCCUUGCCCUGUUUGCAUGGGAACGAGUUACUGCGGCUUCACAGGCGCCCAAUCUCUUGUCUUCUUUGCCAGAGUCCGACGCCGCCAUUGCCAGCCAUAAUGCCAGUCUAGCAGUUAGCGGAAAUACUGCUUUUCCUCACAUUAUUCCAGACCAUAGUACUCUGGCGACUAAACACGGUGCAGCCUUAUCCCGAGAUAUCAUUAAGCGUCAGCCCACAAACCCACCAAAGAUUUCUGCCCAAGAAGCUUCCACAAAAAGUGUCCCUGGAGGUGGCAAAUCGGGCGUUUUCUAUCGGGGAGAUUCACGACCCCCCGCUGAAAUCUUCAAGACGGGUUUCGCGCCACAAGGCACAGAUAGGAGCCUGCGGAACCAUCUCAGCUUUGUUGGCGGCUCGGGGCUUGUCUCAGUUUCUCGGUCCCGCAAGUCUGCUGAGAGCUAUGCCUUUGGCCGGUCGGCGAAAAACAACCAAAGGGGCUACAUUUAUGUCAUGGUGCCCAAGAAUAUGCCCAACGGAUAUUGGGUUCCUGAAAUCUACCGGCCUAAUAAAAAUCCCGCAGUCGGUGCCAAUCAGGAAUUCGCCGUGGAUGGUCCCGUUCCACCAUCGAGCAUCUCCCACGCAUAUGAAGUAACGCGGGAAAAGCCAUGGAGCAAGUCUAACAAGAUCAGGAAUAACGACUACUCCUUAAAGUCAUUCCCUCCAUGCUCCACCAAGAAACGAGCCAUCUGCGAUGCCACAAAUUAUUCGGCAAAGCCUUUCAAGGCGAGCAAAAUUCGGGUGACCAGGGCAGUAGGCAAGGCAGCUGCUAUUACUCUGCUGACCCCGUAUGCGAGAAGGUUGCUCGAAGCCAUCAAGCAAUGGGAUAACCCUAUUGGGGCGGCAGUAACCUGGCUUGAUGAUAAGAUAGGCUCCCUCCAAGAGCUAAUCGGAGGUCCCCAACGGGAUGAUAUUGACGGCAAUGACCUAAAAGCACAGUUGAUAUGCGCAUUAAAGGGAGGGGAGGCGAAGGAAAUCAUUGCUGGACGACCGAAUAAUAUAUGCCAACCUUCAAGCGAGAAGUAUGCAGACAAGCUACGGAACGACUUUAAAUCGGGAAAGCUUGAUAGAAUGAUUGAGAUGUGUAAAGGUAUCAACGUAUAUUCCGGUGGUCAUCUAGCGGUUUGGGAGUGGACGAAGGGGUAUUGUGCGGCGCUUCAUGGGACGUCUGAAUAUGCAGAGCGAAUGUGGGAAUUAGCCGUCAGCGGCCUCUUGAAUUCUUGUUCCGAGCUUGAAGACAAUCCUCCGGAGAAUGAGGAUCUUUAUGACAGGUUGGAAGACCAUUGUUCGAAAUUCCAAGCCGAGGUGGAUAGGGUGGAAACAAAACCAUUUCCAAAAGUAUUGAGGUCAAGGUGCAAGAUAUAG